AUGACGACAAAUCGUACGUUCGACCCAAAAACGUACGAUACGCUCACAAACCAGGACACCAAUCCGUUCGCGGACAAACGCUCGCCAACGAUCGAGGAAGAGGACACACCGCAGGUCAUACAUGUCGUGCCGGAGACAAGUAAAGCUCGAUGGAACCACAUAGAGGAUUUGGAUUCGUUCUUCACCCGUGUUUACAUCUACCACCAGAAGCAUGGGUUUUAUGUGAUGAUGCUGCAGAAACUGUUCGAGCUGUUCCAGUUCGUGUUUGUGGUGGUGCUGAUCACGUACAUGUUUAACUGCAUAGACUAUGGAAUUCUUUUCCGUGACAAGAUCAUCGAACUUGAUACGAAAGUUUCGCUGGGGGAUGCGAUGAUAGGCGUAUCCGAAUGUGCGGCCAAUCUUGGUGCAUUUCAAUGGUUGGCACUAGUGCUCGCUGGUUUGUUUUGGACGUUUCGGUUGUUUAAAUUCUUCUAUCAAUUUUUCCAAUUUUGGGACAUUAAAAUGUUCUACAAUACGGCACUGAAGAUCGAGGAUGCUGACCUGGACAAUCUUACUUGGCACGAAGUACAAAAGUGCAUACGAGAAGUGCAAUCAGAGAUACAGAUGAGUAUCAACAAAGAGCAACUGACUGAGCUAGAUAUUUAUCAUAGAAUAUUAAGGUUCAAAAACUAUAUGGUAGCCAUGAUGAACAAAUCACUGCUGCCCGCCACGUCGAAGCUGCCAUUACUAGGGAAUGUAGUACUAAUGAGUCAAGCGCUCCGUUACAAUAUAGGAUUAAUUUUGUUCUGGGGACCAUGGUCACCGUUCGAGAACAGCUGGCAUCUGCGGGAAGAAUACAAACGACCCAGCAUGCGCAAUGAACUGGCGGCCAAACUAUCGAAACAAAUACUGUGGGUCGCGAUUGCCAACUUUAUACUCUCACCAUUCAUAUUCAUCUGCCAGUUGAUGUACUUUUUCUUCAACUAUGCGGACCUUAUAAAAAAGGAACCCGGUACACUGGGCGUACGAUGUUGGUCGCAGUACGGGAAACUGUACCUACGACAUUUUAACGAACUCGACCACGAGCUGGACGCUCGUCUUACCCGAGCUUAUCGACCGGCGGUAAAAUAUAUGAAUUCAUUUUCAUCGCCCUUGUUAACUGUUAUUGCAAGAAACAUAGCUUUUGAUGCUGGUGGUGUCGCAUCGCUUAUAUUACUGUUGGCCAUCUACGAUGAGGACGUGUUUCAGGUGCAACAUGUCCUUACGCUGUUCACAAUCUUGGGAAUGAUCAGUGUUAUUGCAAGAUCACUGAUACCGGAUGAGAAUAUGGUGUGGUGUCCUGAGCAGCUGCUGAGAAAUGUGUUGGCCCAUGUGCACUAUCUUCCAUCGUCCUGGCGUGGCUUUGCGCACAGUUCAAACGUACGCGAUCAGUUUGAACUGUUUUUCCAGCUUAAAAUUAUGUAUAUUCUGAACGAACUGUUCAGCCCGCUUGUGGCACCGUUCGUGUUGCUUUACGAUUUGAGGCCAAAAUCUCAACAGCUGGUUGAUUUCUUCCGCAACUUCACGGUCGAUGUGGUGGGCGUUGGAGACGUGUGUUCCUUCGCACAGAUGGAUGUCCGCAAGCAUGGCAACCCAGACUGGCAGAUCCCCAUCGUGACGGAUGACAAGGAUAGUGAAAAUGAAACUCCUCUUAUAUCUCCGGAUGAUGUUGGUGGCGGUGGUACUAGGAUUGGUGUGCCACCUUCCUCAGAGACUCAUGCUGCUGGUGUUCCACCAUCCGGAGGCCACGGUGCCACACCGUAUAAUCAGGGCGAACACGGUAAAACCGAACUUUCGCUGGUACAUUUCACGCUUACCAAUCCCACGUGGCAAAUGCCACCGGAAGCGAAACAGUUCGUGCAGGGGAUUAAGCGUCACGCACUGCAGGAUCUCAAUCGACAACGGGGUAUGUUGCUCGGUUUGCACAACCCAACCGCAAUGGGUCAGAGUUUGCUGUCGAUGGAAAGCAUGGGUGCGGAGUAUUCGUCCAUCAUACAGCCCAUAUUGCAAACACACAACCUAUCGAACUCACAGCAUCUGGGACUAUCGAUGCAUCUCGGUGGGUUCGGUUCACCGGUUCCACCGAUGACGCCUGCCUUUGGGCCGGGUAUGAUGCCAUCGACCAUGCAUCAACAGCCAGCGCAACACGGUGCUGGUGUGCAAUCGUCCCACCAGUACCAUUUCGGACCGCAAUCGUACGAUUUCGAGCGAAUGUUGCAGCAGAAUCUUACCGACGCUAGUACGGUGGCACCUAUGCCUAGUCGCAGCACUUUCCUAGAGGACAUUCAUGAGAAUGACGACGAAGCGGGAGCACCAUCGUUGGCGCCAGAGGUUCCGCAGGCAAGCACCAGUAGCCGUGUUCAGGCAGGCAGUGUUGCUCCUGCCACGAUGGGAUUGGAUCCAGAGUUGGAGGGUAGUCGGUUUGUGGCGCCGUGUACCGAUGGCAUGGUGUUUAGCACUCGUGGAGGAAUGUCACGUCGUGAGGGACCUGCGGAAGGCUCUCGCAAUGGGUUACUUUCGAGUCUUUAUGGCGAUAUGCCUACCAAUGCUCCGGCACCGUACGAAUUUACGACUGCCGACAUGUGUCUUAGUACGCUGUACCUGCAUGAGCUGCAUCACAAUCGUUUGCGCCGUCACGGUGGUAGCCUGAGGCUUGAUAUGGGUUCACCACCACCAAGUUCAUCACAUCGUCCAUCAGCCGUUGGUCGCUUCAUGGGACAGGGAGGAUUCCGGCCAUUCGGUUCGGUAGUCCAACCAUCGCUAGUCAGUCACCCGUUGCGUACGCUUGCGCCUGGCAUUAUCGGUGGCGAAACUGCUGGACCGUCCGGUUCGACGGCGGGCGGUAGCAGUGGAUCGAUAGUGGCCGCCGAACGAACCCCUUUGCUCGGUGGCAAAAAGUCAUAG